AGGAGCGCGCGGCGGGCGGAAGUGGGCGGUUCGGCUGCUGCGGGCGCUGCUGUUCGGCGUCUGGACCGCGCGAGGGGCGUUCUCGGCCUGCCGCUGGUGCAGGCCGCAGUGACAGGGCCCGCGCCCCCGCGUCCCCCCCUCUCCUCCGGUGCGGCGGCCCCAGCGGCCUGCAGGCCCAACAUGGCGCAGGAGGUGUCGGAGUACCUGCGCCAGAACCCGAGGCUGGCAGCCUGGGUGGAGGCGCUGCGCUGCGAAUGCGAGACCGACAAACACUGGCGCCACCGCCGGGAGUUCCUGCUCCGCAACGCCGGGGACCUGGCGCCCGCCGGCGGCGCCGCCUCGGCGGACGCGGGGGAGGCUGCGGACGCCGAGGGCGGGAGCCGCGGGCGGGAGCUGCAGCAGCUCGUCUCCUUUUCCAUGGCCUGGACCAACCACGUCUUCCUCGGAUGCCGGUACCCUCAAAAAGUUAUGGAUAAAAUACUUAGUAUGGCUGAAGGCAUCAAAGUGACAGAUGCUCCAGUCCAUACAACAAGAGACGAACUGGUUGCCAAGGUGAAGAAAAGAGGGAUAUCGAGUAGCAAUGAAGAGGUAGAAGAGCCGGUGAAGAAGCGAGUCAUAGACGGAAAAAACAAUUCUGCAGUUGAGCAAGAUCGUGCAAAAACUUCUGCCAAAACAGAACGUGCGUCUGUUCAGCAGGAAAGCAGCUCGGCAUGUUCUAAGUCAUCCACCAAAUCGGAGAGUAGUGGAAACUCCGCUGGGAGCGCUGGCACCGUGGGUCAGAGUAGCUCUACAAGUGAUGGAGAUCAGCCCGUCUCCAGCCAGAGCAGCAGCAGCAGCGUUUCCUCUCAGGUACCAGCGGCGGGGUCUGGGAAAGCCGAGUCGGAAGGUCCAGAUAAGCAUGGUGGUGCAGCCGCUCUUGUUUCCUUGUUGAAAUCUGGUGUUAAUAGUCCUGUGACCCAGUCCACUGAGUCCAGACAGCCAAGUGGAUCACCUAAAAAGAGUGCUUUGGAAGGCUCUUCAGUCGCAGCCUCUCAGAGCAUCUCAGAGGUCGAGGUGCCCUUGUUGGGCUCCUCUGGAAACGCGGAAGAAGAGUUGCCACUGUUGGCUUCUAAACCUAGUUCAGAGACAGCUUCAAGUGGGUUACCUUCCAAAACUAGUUCAGAGGCAAGUGUUUCAUCAUCGGUUCCUAAAAAUAGCUCCUCAUCAGGCGCAUCCUUACUAAUGCCCCAGAGCAGCACCUCAAAUGCGUCCGUGCUGACUUCCAAGACCACUUCACAGGUAGCCGCGUCACUGUUAGCUUCCAAGAGCGGUUCGCAGACCAGUGGGUCUCUGCUUCCCAAAAGCACUUCCUUAGCAAGUGUGUCUCAGCUGCCUUCUAAGAGCAGUUCUCAGACUAGCACAUCACAGCUGCCUUCUAAAAGUGCGGCACAGUCAAGUGAGAGUGCUGUCAAAUUCUCUUGUUGCAAGUUAACCAAUGAGGAUGUGAAACAGAAGCAGCCUUUUUUCAAUAGACUGUAUAAAACGGUGGCGUGGAAGUUGGUAGCUGUUGGUGGUUUUAGUCCCACUGUGAAUCACGGAGAGCUCCUCAACGCAGCUAUUGAGGCUCUGAAAGCAACACUGGAUGUGUUUUUUGUCCCCCUGAAAGAACUGGCAGAUCUGCCUCAAAACAAAAGCUCUCAAGAAAGUAUUGUUUGUGAAUUGAGAUGCAAGUCUGUGUAUUUGGGCACUGGCUGUGGAAAAAGCAAAGAAAAUGCAAAAGCAGUUGCAUCAAGAGAAGCAUUGAAGUUAUUUCUCAAGAAAAAGGUGGUGGUAAAAAUAUGUAAAAGAAAAUACAGAGGCAGUGAAAUAGAAGACCUGGUACUCCUUGAUGAAGAAUCAAGGCCUAUAAACUUACCUCCAGCAUUAAAGCAUCCUCAAGAAUUACUGUAG